AUGGUUCUAACUUUGUGGAAUGUCCGUUCAAAAUUUUCAGAAAAUCCUGACGUGAUCAAAGCUUAUGUUGAGUUAAGUAGUUUUUGCACAUUCAAGAUUCACCAUAGGGGUAUGUUCACAAAAUACCCAGGAAGACGUUACGUUGGUGGGAGUAUUGACUAUGUUGACUAUGUAGACAUGGACGUGUUCUCCGUACAUGAGUUAGACGAUAUGAUGAAGGAGAUAGGUUAUAUCAACGGUGAGCCUAUCUACUACCACUUCUUGAUUCCAGAUAUUGAAAUCGAUUAUGGGUUACUUCCUUUAGGUAACGACUCAGACGUACUUUUGUUAAGUAAGCAUGUUGCUAAUCAUAAAGAGAUUAUGGUGUAUCCUGAACAUGGAACUACUAGACUCCAUACAUACUUUAUGUCUCCAAAUAAGGUCGUAUUGGAAGAAAUCAAUGAGCCUAUUUCUUCGGAACUCAAUCAAAAAAAGUUUACAAGUACAGAGGUAGGAUCAUGUAGUAGAAAAUUGGACUUGAAUGAGAACUAUGACUUUUCUAGGUCUGUUGUACCUUUUGGACAUUUUGAUAGAGAUGUAUUGAAAGAUGUUGGAGUUCAGCCUGCAAGUGAGGAGCUUAACAAAGCCCAAGAUGUUGGCCCUUCAGAAGACUUUGAUCCUUUCUUUUAUAUGGAUCAUAAUGAUUACCAACAGAUGGGGGACGAUGAUUACCAACAGAUGGGGGACAAUGAAGAAACUGGAGAUGCUAUUAGUGAUGAGACUAGUACCAAUGGAAGUAUAAGCGACAAUAGUGACUUUUUAGUGAAUGAAAUUAAUAUAGUGGAGGAUGUCGAAGUGAAUAUGAAAGACUUCCACAGUGGUGUUUAUUCUUUUCCAAAUCUAGAUAACCACCAAUCAUUCAAUGCACCUGAUGUCACAAUUGAUGAGGAUUUGGAGGUGAUAGAUACACAGUUGUUUGAAUCAGCUGGUGUAGAAGAAGAUGAGAGGAAGAAGUUAAUGAGAAGGUUAAACAAACCAACCAUGUGUUCAUCAGGAGUAGUACAUGAAACUGCAUUCCAUCUAGGUCAAAUAUUUAAGUCCUCAUCAGAAGCGAAGGACUACAUUAAAAUGCAUUCAAUUCGGACUAGGAGAAACAUUUACUUUGCAAAACAUGAUAAACAAAGAAUUAGGGCAAAAUGUAGGGGUGUGGUCCUGGAAAUGACAGGAAGAGCACAUACGGAUAUUUUGUUGAAUAAUUUGUGUGAAGUUUUCAACUCAAAGUUGUUAGAUGCUCGAGACAAACCUAUAAUUACAUGUUUAGAAUAUAUUAGGGAAUACUUAAUGAAACGAAUUUGUAUUGUGCAAAAUGUGAUAGAUAAGUCUAAAGGGCCACUUACCCCAACAACCAUAAAACUUUUAGAUGGAGUUAAGAAAGCUGCUUCUCAAUACACUUGCAUAUUUAAUGGUGCUGAGAAGACUCAAGUUACUGGGACAAUGGGGGAACAAUUUGUGGUUAAUUGGAGGGACAGGAACUGUAGUUGCAUGAAUUGGGAAAUCACUGGGAUACCAUGCUCUCAUCUUGUUAGUGCCAUUUGGGAUAAGGUUGAGCAUGGGGAAAAAAAUGUCCCACCUCUUGAGGAGUGGGUACAUCCAUGUUAUAGGUUAAGCACAUGGAAUGAAAUGUACAAGUACAAAGUUCAACCAAUCAAUGGAAGAAGUGUGUCGCCAAAGUCAGAUUGCCCCAAAACACUAACACCCCCCAAGCAUACUAAACAGGCGGGGAGACCAAAAAAGAAGAGAAAGAGAGCUCAAACUGAAGAACCAAAUAAUGAAGGUAAAAGUUUGACCAGGAAGUUCCUUACAGUUACUUGUAGCAAAUGCAAGAACAAGGGUCACAACUCUAGGAGUUGCAAGGGACAAGGGGGACAAAAUGAAGUUAGAAAUGUGGUGGCAGGGGGCAGGAAGCUUAGCAAGGCAAAGAAGCAGGGAGAUCGCAAAAAUGAGAAAACCAAACUUAAGGAUAAAUCCAAAAUGAAGGAAAAAGUUUGA